AUGCGUUCUUUCUCGCUUGUCGCCGCUGGCACCUUCGCCUUCAAGGCCAUGGCUCAAACAGCCAACUUCACCCCGGAUAUGGCGUGGAAUGCCGUCACUGUCGGGCAAGUCUGGCCCAUCCACUGGACCGUGGGCGAUGGGACACCUGUCUCCUUGUUCCUGGGGAACACGAGCUGGAAUACCCCGAUCUUCGAAAACAAAACUGCCACCGAUGCAGAGUAUGACUGGACAAUCGCAGUCCCGGAUGGUUUUGUUGCUGGCAACUAUGCGCUGGCCUUGGUUCAGAGUGGUGCCAUGGACUUCUCCCCCCUGUUCAGCGUCAGCCUUCCUGCUGCAGGCUCGUCUAGUUCAACCACGUUGCCCACAUCCAUGACAACCCCAAUGCCAAAUGCUACCGUCACGGCCACUCUCAUCUCUGCCACUGUCGACCCCACAGCAACUGCAGCUCCCACCGUGACCGUCACUUAUUGGGACCACGAAUGCGGCUGCACAAAGACAUCCGAGUUGCCUGCGACAGCUGCCGCCACCGGCUCAGGGUUGGUUGGCACCCAAUACACCUGGUACGACGAGGUCUGCGGAUGCACCAAGACCGCCAUGGCCCCAGCUCCUACCACUGUUCAAUGUCCUGGAAGUGGCUGCGCCAGCUACACAGCUCCGCCCGGAGGAAACGUGCCACCUUCGCCAUCUGCUCCGUCAUCUGCUGGCGUACCGGCUCCUUCAUCAUCGGCUUUCCAGGGUGACGCGAAUCAACUGAGUGGCUCGGUGGUGGCAGUUGUGGGAGGAUUGCUUGCAGCGGCCAUGUUUGCAUAA